AUCCUGUCAUGUCCUCUCUGAAGUAAGAAGAUGGGAGGGAUGGAGGGUGUCAGAAUGAAAAAAAAAAUGAAAGGAAAGAAGACAUAUUUGACAUCUCAAGAAGUAAAUUGACUGAAGAGGAGCGAAAAAGCGAGGAGAUGUCAAGCAGCAUGGAACAGAAGAGGUUGGAUGGAUGAUGAAGGAACAAGCUAUCCUAUAGACUUUGAUGACACAUUUUGUUUCAUCAUAAGAUACUACUGACAGCAAGAGGAUCACGGAAAUAUAUCUUUGUCUAUACCCAGACAUUGCAGCCGAUCCAUACAUUAAGGAUGAAUCAUGUAAGAGAACUGCAAGAAAAUAUGAGGAUGAGAAUGUGUGGCUCCUCUUUUAUUUAUGGGGCCCACUGAGUAUUGGCCUGCACAUACGUAACCAACAUUUAAGGGAUAAAUAAUUUAUGGAAUCCUCUAUGCAAUCCCAUUAUAAAGAAGCGAUUGCAUUUAAUGCAUGUACUGCCAGACCUGACCUUGUUGUACCCAUGCCCCCUGUGACUGCUACCCCUGAGACCCCAGUCAAGCUUGGUGUUUGUGCCAAGUCUUUAGUGUCUUUGGCUUACCUCCUUCUACUAUUAGCUGGAAUUUUUGGUAACACUUUAGUCAUAAGGGUUCUGAGGAGCACCCGUCAUGGACGAAGCGUUCAAACCUCACUUAUUCACCACAUAUGCAGCCUGGCAUGUUGUAACAUCUUACAGCUGGCACUGGGUAUACCAACUGAGCUGUAUGGUAGUAUCUGGAGUCCUUUUCCUUGGCCGCUGGGAGCUGCUGGGUGCUCUGGUUUCUAUUACCUAUGGGAGGUGCUUUGCUAUGCUGCCAUUUUUAAUGUACUGUCUUUGAGCUAUGAUCGGCACCGUGCAACCUGUCAACCUUUGAGUCUUCACGUGCAUCAGUCCUCAAAGGUGCGCUUACGGAUUUGUUUGCUGUGGAUAGCGUCCCUGCUUGCUGGUCUUCCUGUGCUUUUUUCCAUAGGCUUGGAAAAUAUCACCAUUAAGGCAGUUGAAAAAAAGCAAAUAUCAGUGUGUACACCACUUAGCCAAUGGAUGGGGCUCUUCAAGGCCAGUGUUUGGGCAUCCUUUCUUACGUACCUAGGUGUGUUGUUGGCAGUGGCCAUAACCUGCUGGAACAUCAGGAGAACUCUGCGGGGGAACAGGAGUGACAGUCUGGUAAUUACAGGACCUAAUGGAUCCAUACAACUAUUGGGCAGGUUCUGUGGUGGACAUAUGGCUGUCCGCAGGCAAAAUGCCCAACUACUAGGAUAUCUGGAUGGAAAUAAUUGUCAUGAUUUUGAAGACAUCGCUCUGCAUAAGACCUCCAUGUGCUGUAUCGUAGCCGUGCUAGCUGUGUGCUGGCUACCAUUCCAAUCCAGAAGGCUCAUGACUGUAUUGAGGAGUAAAGAUCAAUGGACAGAGACCUAUUACCGGUCUUAUAUCACCUUGCAGCCCAUUACUAAUAGUUUCUACUACCUCAGUGCUUGUCUUACACCUCUGCUCUACAACCUGACAUCCCGCAGCUUCCGAAGAGCUUUUCUGCAUAGGAUCACACCCUGCACAAAAGGGACUCCUCCUGAAUCUGGAUCCUGGGAGACACAGGAAAGAGAUCAAGGAAUCAGGCUUUCUACAAUAGGAUGAGAAUCAAGGGAUAUGUUUUAGAUUCGAAUUUUUUGAUUAUCUAAUUUGAUAUUUUCAGCUUUUCUGUGUUGUCAGAUCAAGCAGGACCACCAUUUGAAAUAUGUUGGACUCAUACAGUCAGAUGAGAAGGACUCUUGGAUUUUCUUACCUAACACCUGAAAUAAGGAAGGGGAUUUUUGUGAUAUGGACCCCUAGGCGGAGAAGACUGUAAAGAGGAUAUUAGAUUGUUAUAUAAAAUAUAAUAUAAACAGGAAAUAGUAGGAACACAAGGGGAGAUUUAUCACAUCACUUUUGUCUGGAGGUGUUACUCCACUUUCUACACCCCCUCCAUACUGGAGAAAAAUUGCAGCAAUUAUUGCAACUUUUUAAAAAGUUCCAGUUAAUAAAUCUGGCUUAACUCAACUUGAUUUCCAAACUGGAGUGAGUGAUGGGAAAAUGCAAAAUUUCACAAAAUGUUUGUGGCAUUCUGAAGCCUUACAUCUGUGCAGGGCUUGAUAAAUUAUCCCCCAUAAUAAUUGAUCAAAUAAGCCUUAUGUCUAAUGACAAUACUAUGUGAACCAAUUACAAUGUUUCAAUCAAUUAUGAUGUUAAAUUUCUCCUAUUAAUGGGGUUUCCAGGAAUUUACUGUUGAAGGCCUAUCCUCCCAUUAAUCUCUGAUCUGCAGGGGUCCCACACCUCCAUUGAUCAGCUGUUCCCAAGUAGCGCUGGAAGUUGGCAGCAGAACCACACAGCCUGGGGCGUAGCUAUAGGAGAAGCAGCGGCUGCUUUGGGGCCUGGGCUCAAAAGAGGUCCACCCAGGAGGAGGACUAAAAUAUUUUUUUAUCGGGGUCCCCUCAACAGUAUUAUACAAUUACAUUAUAUACAGGGACAGUAUAUACAGUGUAGUAAACAGAUGAAGCAGCUGCCAAGCCUGGUCUGAGAGAGCGAUCUUUACUAACCACAAAAGUGGGGAUACAUGAAAGGAGGGGAUUGUGAAGAAGUUACUGGGGAAGGGGGGUGGGGGGCUCCAUUAAAAAAUGUGCUGUGGGUCCCAGUCAUUUCUAGUUACGCCACUACGCACAGCUCUGUCCACUGGGUAGUCCAUUCUCGUCACUGAUAUGAUAUUAAGUACAUUAAUGGCCUAUCCUGAGGAUAGGCCAUCAAUAGUAAAAUAUUGGACAACCCUUUCAGUUAUUUUAAUAGGAAAGAGGACUGAAGUAAGGUUAUGUCCACAUCUGUGUUGGAGGCUGUGUUCAGGGCCUCCAUCACAGAUUCCAAUCAAUGGAGAACUUUGAUUUUAAUCUGUGACCACUCUUUGGCUGUCUAUUUGAGUUGCGCCACACAAGAGGGCCCUCUCUAUAGGGAUACAUAUUGUUAGUUCCUCAUUAUUGUGCUGAUGGUUAGGAUGUAAAUACAUUAUUGAUUUCUAACGUAAAUCUGUUUUAAUUUAGUCCUAACAGCAGCACCAGCUUCCCUCCCUAAGUAUGUUACUUCUUUAUGAGGUAGCAGUGGCUAGGUAUUCUUAUAUAGGUUCGGGGGUCUCUAGCUAAUUAGUAAUUUGAUUAAAAUAAAAAUGUAAUCUGUCCUACUAAUACACAGGGGCAAAAUCACCCCAUUUUUGUGCUGCUGUUAGGACUAAGGGAAAACAGAUUAUUGCUAGGCAUCAACAGUUUUACACUAUAUUAUAUUUCACCAUUUAACAUAUUUCACUUAUUUGAUCAAUAAACG